GGCUCUGCGUUAUUAUGCUACAGGGGAUAAUAUGGAAACCAUAGGAGAUACACUUGGUUUUCAUAAAUCAAGUGUAUCCAGAAGUGUCCGAGAUGUAUCACAGGCGCUAGUGAACAUAUCAUCACAGUUUAUUAAGUGGUCAUCCCCAAAUGAGAAGGUGUUAAUUAAGAAAGGCUUUUAUUCAAUUGCUGGAUUUCUUGCUGUAGUUGGUGCUGUGGACGGCACACAUGUGAGAAUUAUUGCUCCAUCUGACCAUGAACCUGCUUAUGUCAACCGUAAGGGGUAUCACUCGAUCAACACCCAGGCUAUAUGCAAUCAUGAAGGCAAAUUCACUAACAUUGUUGCUAAAUGGCCUGGCUCCAAUCACGAUUCAUUCAUAUUCCGAGAAUCUAAUAUCAGGGCCUACCUUGAAGCACAUCAUAGGGGCUUGGAUAUUGACGGUGUUUUACUUGGAGACAGUGGAUAUGCUUGUAGCAGAUAUCUUGUGACUCCUUUUCUACGUCCAACAUCAGAGGCUCAGAUGCGAUAUAAUAAUUCCCAUGCACAAACUAGAACAGUCAUUGAGCGAAGUUUUGGAUGGCUUAAAAGGCGCUUCUUGGCUUUGCAUGGAGAAAUGAAGUGUAAACCAGAACGUGCAGCAAAAAUAAUUGUGGCGUGCGCUGUUUUACACAAUAUAGCUCAGGACAGGAGAGAGACAAUCAAUGAUGCUGGCUGUGAUGACACUCAGGACCAAAGAGAUGAGGCUUACGUCUUAGAUGAAGUAGCUGCCCAGCCCAUGAAUAACAACAUCAGACAAUUCAUUGUCAAUAACUACUUUUAA